AACAGAAAAUUAACAAAAAUCGGGAAAAUGAAAAAAUUAAACGAAGAAAAUAUGGAAAGAAUGCAAAGCAAAUAAACGUGUGAGUGAAUGUGGCGUGAAACUGUAGGGAAGGCCCCUAUACAAGACGAAAUUAUCUGAUAUUUGUGCGGAAGAAACAUUUUUUAAGUGAAAUUCUGUAGGUGAACUAAAGCCUAAAAAACAUUGUGCAUUCACAAAUAAGAAGUAUUAAAUAGUGAAUUUACAAUAUUUAAAUGUUACAAUUCGGUAUGCGGGCCGAUACUGCUGUUUAAGCGGAUGGGCAUCGAGCCCCGCUAUCGUUUCGCUGUAUGUUCGCAUGCGUGUGUUGGUGUUGCCGUCUGUGCCAUGUUGACGCGACAAUACAGUAGCGUAUAUGCAUGCGUAUUGUGUCGAUUAAGCUAAAAAAAAGAAAGCCUACACAACAACAAAUUAAUAGCAACAGAACGACAGCACAAAAGCAAAAGGAGAAAGCUUUGCUCACGCGAGAGGAAUACGAAAAAGUAACUGUGCACACAUUUACAAAUUAAUAAUUAACUUGUGAAUUCCCUUAUUCAAACGCAACACCCUUUAAACAAUAUGCAAUAACAAUAGUGACGUUAUUAAUUUAUACACAAAAAAGUAAGGGCGAUAGAGUGAAAAAUGUAAAACAAUAGAAAGCGGAAAGUAUUGCAGACCUACAAGAAUAAUAAAAAAAUAUGUUAAUUCUAAAUCCUAUUACCUUUAACCCUCUGCUUUGUUGCUAUAUAUUUUAAAUUUAUAAAAAGUGAUUUUGUGCGUUUAUUGUGAUUGAUAUAUUCAAAAACGCACAAAGUAAAAAUAAUCAUAAAUUAAUAAACAUAAUCACAAAUUGAAAAGAAACGCAAUAAGAAGAUACCCUACUAAAUAAUUUUUCAGUUUUGUUAAAAGCUGAGAUAGACUGCCGCGAUGUCUGCCGAUAUACAGAUAGUUAGCGUGAUUGGCGCCAACGGUCAGCCGCUGCCCAUUCAAGGCAACAGUAUCGGUUCGAAUUGGAGUGCACCCGUGAAGCAGGAGCGCGCCGAUGAAGCUGAAAUCCAAGAGUUGGCUGCCAAAAUGGUGGAAACACAAAAGGCAGCUUUGGCUAAACAGCAGCAACAGGCUGCGCAGCUGGCUACGCGACAGCAACAACAAUUGGGCGGCAUGCAACCGGGCGCUCUAAACAAUACCAACCAACCAAAUAUUAUGAACUAUUUAACACGCCAAAAGAACCUGCCGAACGGUACCAAUGUCAGCAAUGGCAGUGGACGCAAUGGGUCACAACAAAAUGGUAACGGCAACAAUGGUGAUGUUAGCAGUGAGAAGAAAGCACCAUGUGAUGAAGAAUCACAGAAGGGUCAUUUUGGUUGGACAACAUUUGGCAAAACAUACAUUCCCUAUAUUUAUCGACAGCAGGAGAAGUACUGUUCGGUACGCAUGAUUGAAAUGAAAUUAUUGGGCAAAUAUCUUAACUGCUUGCAUCCGGAUAUUUACUCGAGUUGCACAUGUGUGCGCAGCUAUUACAUUACAGAGGCGGAGGCGAGACUACUAAUUGAAAUCAAUAUAAAACACUGUGAUGGUGAAUUUGGACGAGACAUAUUCACUCAAAAGGAUUUAGUGGUGCGGCUAUCAGAUGCAACCAAGUUUUAUCAGUUCCUAGAUAUAUGCUAUCGCAAACUCAUGUCUGGUAGCAAGUCACCUUCGGAGAAAUGCGGUUUUAUACGCAUAAAUAAGGAGUCUGUAGUACCGUAUACGGUGCGCAACAACGAGCAAGUGGUGCCGCUUUUCUAUUUCGAAGGAGAAACAGAGAAUCUCAAACAGAAAGCCGACUAUCUGUCUGGAUGGGAUCUGGCGUAUUUGAAGUUUUGUUGCAAAGUUCAGGGCAUACGCAAUGAAUUGUUCUCCAGUGAAAAUGUUGCAGUCAUAUCACUCACAGACAUCAAAAGCUAUUUUCCCAAUGGCACCGAGUUUGAGGACUAUUGGCCCAGCAAAGUUGUUGACUCAAAUCUGCUGAUUGGUAAUCGGUCAAAUGCUAACAAUUCUGUUAACUGGACCCGCCAACCAUCGCAGCCACCUCCGAAAGUUAUGUCUCAAUCCAGUUUGUUACAAAAACAAACUGCUGCUGCAGCGGUUGCGGCACAGCAACAGAUGCUGAAACGUGGCGCCAAUGCUUAUGCGUCACAAUCGCCAGCAGCAGCGGCGGCGGCUGCCGCUGCCGCGGCCAUCCAACAACAACAGCAACAACAGUCCAACCAACGGUUGCAUCAGACAAACGCCACAUUAGCGUCUGUGCAGGCUCUAACAAACAGUUGGAUGCAGCAACAACCGUUAAUACAUGCGCAAAUGUUGGCAUCACAGGCGCAACAGUCCCACCCAAAUUCACGAGCUGCUCAGUAUCAACGCAGUCCUAUGGAGAAUAUCCUGCUGGGAAACCGGCCGGCCUAUGCCUACAACAAUCAAGGGAUUUCUAUGCAACCCGUGAAUAGUCACAAUCAAGCGAAUGCACCGCCACCUUUGGUGCGUUCAGGCGCUGGUCAAAGCGCCAACCAUAUGUCAAAUGUCGAGCAAACUAUGCUGCAACAACAAACACAACAGCAACAACGACAUUCUUCCACUUCCUCUUCCGCCUCCCAGCAUGCGUCUGCCACUCAUAUGCAAAGCCCCUCACACCCUCUCUCACAGUUGCACGCUAACUCCGCUGCUGCGUCCAGUGCUGCCAAUCUGUACAAUUUUAAUUUGCCUUCCACUGCUGCUGAUUUAGCCUUUUGGAAUCAAUUGACUCCAUCACAACGUUUGUUGCUCACUCAGCAAAUCAAAAGUAAUGGCACAGUGGGGGGUACUGCAGCUGCCUCAAGCGCUGAGCGUUCGAAUAACACCGGUAUUAAUAUUAGUAAACCCCCUGCGUUUCCGAUCUUUCCCUCGCUACCAUUGGAUACUGAUCUCAAAACUAUGCUGGAUUACAAUCCACAUAAGCAUAGUAGCAAGAGCAGCACGUCGUCGAGUAGUUCGGCCAAUGGACAGUUUAUGAAACCAACGGUACCGCCUUUGAUACCGGUGAGCAGCUCAGCGGAUGUUUUAAACAAACGCAAUGCCACGGGUACAACUACCUCCUCCUCGCGUCAUGCAAGUGCGUCGUCUACGUCGGCUUGUGCGACGGUACCUUUAAAUUCAACAGCAUCAUUAGAGGAUUUUGAAAAGAAAUUCAAAAUGACAGACGAAAUGAAAGCUGUGGUACAGAAGGUACUUUCUAAUCCCGACUUGUCCACUUUCAUACAGACGAAUUCGUCACAGAAUUUUGUUCCUUUUAUGUCGCCACCCAUAUCGCCGGCGCCAUCGCUGUCCAUUGUGCCUAAUCCCAACGUAACCAUUACGCCACAUAUACCAUCCCAAUAUGCACAUUCACCGCACGCAUCCUCUGCUGGCAGUGGUUGUGGACGUCAGAAAAGCGUCAUUUGUUCGACUAGUGCAGCGCUGACCGUGCCCCCCUCACCUUCCACGUCAAAUUCCACUUCCACGCCUUCACCAUCGCCAACGCGAUUGCACGGCUCGUCCGGCGGUUCAGGCAGUAGUGCAAGUAAGAGUGGUGGCCAUUACUCCUCCCAACACUAUAAUAGCCAUCAACACCACCACUCCUCCCACCAUCACCACAGUCAAAAUCAUCACCAGAAUACGCCACCAAUGGAAGUAAUUGAUUUAUCUUCCCCCCGAAGGUCCGUUCAAGCUGCCUCCGCUUAUCUACAACAGCAGCAAGAAGUGCACCAAGCAGCGGUUGCCGCGGUACAACAGCAACAUCGCUUAGCUGCCGCUGCUCAACACCAUGCGCAACAAAAUGGUCGCGCGACAGGUGGCUCUUCGGCGAAUGCGAACUCGGCGAGCAUGCAUUUGCAACGCCAUGCUGCGAUGGCCGCAGCUGCCGCCGCGAAUAAUGCGCAAAGACUGUCAAUCAUACCCGAAAUGCAGCAGUACGAGCGCGCAGCCAGCAACAUGGGCAAUCAACCAUAUAAAGUACAGAAGGUUUACGUGGACAAUCGGCUGGUACCUUGCAUCAAUAUGAAGGCGUACAAUGACUCCGAUCAGCUGAUGACGCUAACUGAUUUUCAGAAAAACUUCUUCCCGCACGAAUCAUUGGAAAACUGUAAGGUGCUGUUCGAGACAUUAGGUGUAGAGUUGUACAAGGGCAAUCGGCGACAAUUACAAGUACUAAUUGAAAAUGACCGCUCACAUAAUGAAAAUAUACCGUUGGUUCAAGUUCGCGACGUCAUGAAAUAUAUGAAGCAGUUAUUGUUUAUGACUCGAAACCAAGAUCAGCCGCAUUCGAAACGGACACGCAUAAGCUAGGAAAUGGGUUGGGGAGCACAACAUAUACAACAACAACAACAGCAACAACAUCA